UUCUGUUGCAACUUGCCAACUGCAUGGCCAUGGCCCUUGGCAUGGGUGGCACGGGUCUUUCAGAAAGCAUCCUUCACACGGAAGGCGUUGAGAGGGAGGCGAUCUAGCCAGCAUUGAGGAGGGCAAGGGACGAAUAAUAUUUUGGCAGGUCUCCGGCGGGUGAUUAUUUGAGUGAGUAGGCACAAAGUAAGACGUUCUUGAUCAGUUAUGCAUGCACUUUGAGUCACUGGACGAGCUCUAAACAAGGCCACAAUGUUCAUCAAGUCGGCCCUCGUGGUGGCACUUGCGGCAAGCUUUGGAAACUACCUGCAGGGUUAUGACUCUGGUUGCAUUGCUGGUGCCCUUCUAUACAUUCAGCCGGCCUUGCACUUAGAGGACAAUCCAAGCCUUGCUGGGGCCAUAGUCUCGGCCACUCUUGUAGGCGGGGUGGUGUCCACACUCUUUGCGGGACCUUCUUCUGAUAAGUUCGGGCGGAAGAGGCUUCUGCAAGUGUGUGCUGCAGUCUACUUUCUUGGGGCUUGUGUCUCGGGUUGGUCGCCCAAUGUUUGGGUCCUCAUAGCAGGCCGAGCAAUCAUUGGUCUUGCUAUUGGGAUUGUGGCAAGCAUUGUAGGCGUUUACGUGGCCGAGUGCGCCUCAGCUUCCGAAAGGGGCCGUCUCACGACUUUUGGCCAGCUUAUGGGCAGCACAGGCAUGGUGCUCAGCCAAUGUGUCACGUUCUACUUCUCCCUGGCUCCUUUAACUGACGUGAAGUGGCGUCUCAUGCUGGGCUUCAGUGCGGUUCCGGCAUCCUUCUUCUUUGCUCUGGCUUAUCUUCUACCUGAGAGCCCUCGCUGGCUUGCUUCGAAGGGACGCCUCAUUGAGGCCCGCCACAUCUUCCAGCAUCUCCGUGGCCGGGAGGACGUCAGCGACGAGCUCGGUCUCGUCAUUGAAAACAUGGAGGUCGGGCCCAGCCCCCUGGAAGAGUGGCUCAUCAAACCAGAGGACGUCAAGCCGUCCGGCCUCGCCACGCCCAUGACCCCCGGCAGCGGAACCACCAAAUCUCUCGGCGUGUCUAUCCCUCUGGUCGAUGAAGAAGUCGCCGCCAUCCAGGCCCUCGAGGAGGCGCGAGCGCGCGCCGCGUUUCUGGCCAUCGCAGAAGGCAGAGAGCUGUCGUACCGCGCGCCCUUGGAAGCCGUGUUCGAAGACAUCGAGAAGGGAGUGGCGGCGGGCCAGCACACCGAGGCGACGUCGGUGCCGGCGACCCCCAUCUUCGAGCAGACGACGAUCCUGUCGGUGGACUGGUCCGCCGUGCAGGGGUCACCGCAUGGGACGCCUCAACGAACGCCAAGACGUCAAUCAGCCGCAAACGUGUUUGGUUCGGAGCCAGAAGACUGGAAGGAGGGGCGGUCUCAUCUCAGCCAUGCUCAUAGCGGCAUGUCCUCAGAGAGCGCUCGCCAGCCCGGCGUUGCAGGCCGCCUUCAGCGCCUCCUAAGCGAUUCGGACCGCCACACCGCAAACUGGGCCAGCGGCGAACUAGACGAGGCCGACAUCUUCAACCAGGAGGAGCGGCUGACCGCCUCCAGGCGCUUCCGCGACUCUCCCGCCGACUCCGGCCGAGACACGCCUCAGAAGAUCACGCCCCAAAAGUCCGGAAAAGAGACGCCAGGCCUCCCGCGGCCGGAGAAGAAGCCGCUGUCUCGACAGGACAGCGCGCGAGAUGCGCCCGACGCGCCCGCGCCCGCAGCGCGCCAGCUGUCGGAGCUGCUGCAGGCCAAGUCGCAGGCCGUGCGGGGUGACGUGGCGGACAAGCUCAACAAGCUGCCAACCGUCGUGGUGCACCAGGUUCCCAGCUACUCCGACCUGGCCGUCGAGCAAGACGUCUCCGCCGAGGACCUCAAACCCCCCCUCUCCGAAGCCCCCCCCGACGACGAGUUCCACUGCAAGGAGUGCGAGACCGGCGCGGCGCACCACCACGGGCUGGACACCGCGACCGACGACACCCCGCUUCUCCCCGACCUCAAAACCGGCCAGAAUAUCGAGGUUGUCGAAGCCAUAGCGGUCGGUGAGAAUACGCUCGUGCUCGGAGUGGAUUCACACGACCAGGAGGUGCUGCUGCAGAAGCUGGGCCCGACCGCGGCGGCCGCGGUUCCGGCGGAAGUGCUGGACACGGAGCCGGACCUGGGGACGGACCUGUUCGAGCCCGGGGUGCAGCGCGCGCUGCUCGUCGGCGUCGGCCUGCAGGCGUUCCAGCAGCUGUGCGGCAUCAACGCCGUGCUGUACUUCACGCCCACCAUCCUCAAGGACGCGGGCGUGGGCGCCUUCUUCGAGCACGCGCUCGGCGUCGGCCCCGAGUCCGCGUCCAUCCUCGCCACGGGCCUCACCUACGUCGUCAUGAUCCCCGCCAUUCUGCGCGCCAUGGUGCUCAUGGACAGCUCCGGCCGGCGGACCCUGCUCCUGGGCACUAUCCCCGUGCUUACAAUCUCCGUUGCCGUGCUGGCGGUCUCGACCGGGCUGCUCCCGGCGGGGAACCUCCGGGCGGGGCUGGCGGUGUGCAGCAUCGCGGUAUACUGCUGCGCGUUUGUUAUGGGGUUGGGGCCGGUGCCUACGACGCUGUGCUCAGAGAUCUUCCCCACCCGCGUCCGUGGCGUCUGCAUCGGCAUCUCCAUCGCUGCUCAGUGGUUCUUCAACUUCGUCGUCAGCCAGUCCUUCCCUAUCCUGAAAGUGGCCAUCGGCCUACCGUCCGUCUUCGGCAUCUAUUCUGCCAUCUGCGCAACGGCGUAUGCCUUCGUCUACGUGCUGGUGCCGGAGACCAAGGGGCUGUCGAUGGAGGCCGUUUGCGAGUAUUUCUCCAAAGCUGCCAAGGGCGAGUUGAAGGGCCGGAAGCAGGCAGUGCACAAGUCGGGGGACCUGGUGACGCCGUUGCUGCAAUAGCCCGGCCAACUCCAGGCCCGCUAUCCUAAAUGGCUUGCAAUCGAGGACAGUGCACUCCGGUGCCGUUUAGACAAUAAGAAAAGCUCUACAGAUAAUCUUAACAGCAUCAUAUUGCUAUGUUUCGCGGCCCGAUUUGCAGGUAAACACGCAAUAGUAGGAAGGCAAAUUGCAAGUGCUAGCGCAAGCUUCUUCUCUAAACUUGGUAUGUCUCCUCCAGGUUGCUCUUGUAUAGACUGAUAGGUACAGUACGGCAUUAUAGGUACGGUACGGCAUAAAGCCAAGUUGUUCGCAAAAAAAUGCUGCACAUAGAUAGACUCGUUCUUGGCAUUUUCAGGGGUCCGACAGCCAUCGGCACUUGAGAAAAUGUAAUUUCAGUUGCUUGGCAGGGCUCUCGCAUGCGACAGCGUUUUGUAGUACAUAUUACUUUUUUCAAUC